AUGGAUCUUCAUUGGCAUCAAUCGAAGAGACGGACACCUGCAAUGCUUCUCUCAUACAUCACUCGCGAUGGCAAUUCUUUGGCUGGACUGAGUGGCUCCAUGAUCGGGUCACUAUUUUCCAUCUCCGUGAACCUCGUCGCUGCAAUUGUUCUCACUCACAUUAUUGCCUGGAAGAUUGCUCUCAUCUGUCUGUCCUUGGUGCCAAUGCUCCUUGGGGCGGGCUUGAUGGAGCUUCACGUGCUUGGAAAAUUUGAAGAGCGCCACGAGAAUGCAUAUACUAGAUCGGUCGAUAUCGGCACAGAGGCAAUCUCAUCUAUCAAGACGGUUGCGUCCUUAUCCCUUGAAGAGGAAACCUUGAAAACCUACAGGCGGUCUCUCAAAGGACCGCGCCAGGAGACAUUGAAGGUCACCGUUAUCGCAGGUUUCUGGCAAGCCAUGACUUAUUUCCUUGGAAAUUGUGUCAAUGCUCUCGCAUAUUGGUGGGGCUCGAAGCAGAUUGUUGCAGGAACUUACACCCAGACACAAUUCCUGAUUGUCGUUUUCUCGCUUCUUGUAAGCGCACUUCUGUGGAGCCAGAUGUUUGCUCUCGCUCCUGAACUUUCAAAUGCACGUGCCGCCAUGGCAAGAGUUCUCAGUCUCAUUGACAUUGGCUCAACUGGCAUGUCGGGUCGUGUUCGCAAUGCCGUGCCUGCAAAGCCCGCCGAUCGAGAUCCUGAGGCGUUCAACCCUGUCGGCGAACCGAAGACCACUAUCAACAGCAGAGCUCUGGGUGUACAGUUCUGCGACGUUCAUUUUGCCUAUCCAGCUCGAGAUGAUGUCAAAGUACUGAACGGGCUGAAUCUUGAAAUUCAACCAGGCAAAUUCUGUGCACUCGUUGGCCCAAGUGGUGCAGGUAAAUCUACGAUAAUAUCCCUCGUCGAGAGGCUCUACAAACCGCAAUCGGGCGGUAUCCUCAUCGACGGAGUUGAUGUGACCAAGCAUCAGGAAGUCGCGUUUCGUAAUGACAUCUCAUUGGUUCCGCAAGAAAGUGUCCUAUUUGAAGGCGGUAUCAAAUUCAACAUUGGUCUCGGUGCCCGUCCGGACCAUGAAGCUACCAUGGACGAGAUUCAAGACGCGCGUAAACUUGCCAAUAUUCACGAUGUCAUCAUGAGUCUGCCUGAUGGCUAUGAGACACUCUGCGGGCCGAAUGGCAAUCAAUUCUCUGGCGGACAGAAGCAACGUCUCUCAAUCGCCCGAGCACUUGUGCGGAAGCCUAGAUUGUUGAUACUCGACGAGUCGACAAGUGCGCUAGACGCGCAGUCAGAACAGCUUCUGCAAGAUGGCCUUGAAAAAGCUGCGAGGGGCAUUACUGUCAUUGCAAUUGCCCAUCGUCUUCGGACAAUUCGCAAAGCCAACACGAUCUUUUUGAUUGAAAACGGACAGGGCAUGGACCAUGGAGGCCAUGAGCAAUUACUUGAGCGCUCCCAGAGUUACCGAGAGAAUGUCAUGCACCAGACUGUUGCAACCUGA